AUGUCCAUCGCUGCAUUUAGAAAAUCUCCCGAGCAUGAGGACCUUGCCAGACUGGCGGAGGAGCACCUGAAGCAUGACCUGGAGCCAUCAGAUCGCGAAGUUCUCCAGAAGGCCGCCGGCAAGGUCUCACUACCCGCAACGAUCGGCACGCUCGUUGGAUUGGGACUCGGUGUGUAUGCCGCCUUCAGACUCAGGAAAGCACGUUUAAGCAUGUUCAAUGCGUUCCGUGCCACUGAGAAACCCACGCACGUCGUGUUCGCCGGCGGAAGGACCGAGGCUGUGCCUGAUAUUACCCCUUACCUGAGACCUACGCGCCUUGGAGACUGGGCGACAUACAUUUUCUUCGGCAUGGGAGGCAGUAUAGUAUUCGGCGAGUUGGGAUUCCUCUUGGGCACAUGGUCAGCAGCAAGGACCAUCGCUAGCGAUCCUGCGAGGAAGAAGCGCAUUGAAACCGCUUACAGGAAAUUCAAAGCCGACUACCUGAGGCAGGAGGCCAAGCGUCUCGACGAGGGUGGCUCCGUGUUCUCAUGA